AUGAAAAACUGUCCCAACAACACCAGUAGUAGCAUUGUCAGUAAAGUAGUAGGUGCGCCAACAACCGUGCAGGCCACGCCUGCCAAUCAUCAUCAACCAACAGCCCAUUUCAAUCUGAUUGCCAAUCCAGCUGCUGCUGCCGCUGCCGCUGCAGCUGCGGUAGUAGCCGCGGCUUCCGCCAAUCCCCUGUCGGCAGCCGCCAAUCUCAACAAUGGUUUGAUACCCGCACCAUCAAUGAUGGCGAACACCAAUAAUGCAAUACUACUAGCCCAUCAUCAACCACAUCCUACAGCAGCAAUACACCAGCACCACCCGUUUGCAACACCUGUCCAUCACCAUCCGCAUCUCAUAGCGGCUGCGACUCCGGCAAACGCAACAGCUUCUUUAACACCAAUCGCAGCAAAAUUGUACCAUCACCAACCGACGGCAACACUAGUGAAUUCCAUUCUUGCUUCUUCGCCAGCCGUUGCUUCCACCGGAAUAACAUCUUCCAGUUCGGGUAUUCUCGGACAACAUCAGAAACACCAACAGCACCAACAUCACCCGCAGCAUUUGCCGGUAAGAACGAUUGCGGCCGUUGUCGGUGCAAUGAAUACGGUAGCCACAUUGGCUUCUACUGCGGCCACGACAGUGUUAACUCCUUCCUCAUCCGUCGCUUCCGCCAAUGCCAACGGGAUUGAGGUGUCUCAAAGUAACGAUAUUGCUACUACAACUGCAAUUGCUACUGCUGUUACGAAUCACCAUGCUCAGAAUAUCAGUAGCAGCAGUAAUAGCAUUGCGGCUGCCGUUGCUGCAAUAAUCAAUAGUAAUCUUAACUUUAGGGCCAUAAAUGCGGCCAAUGGCAGCAGUAAUAUGGGCAUAAAGCUACCGAGUACUGAAGUAGUGAAACACGGUACUACGAUCAUCGGUAGUAGCGAAAUAAAUCAUCUUAAACACAAAAUAAACAAUGACAACGGUACGGAAGAUGAUAGUGAGCAUAAAAUUAACAGUAGCGACUCGGAAGAUUGUUCGGCCCGGAAGCAAAUCAAACUGGAAAAUGGAAAUAGUGAUGGCGAAGGAAUCGAUAAUGGUGGGACAGUUACAACGAUAAAUUCAAUGAUGACAGCAGCAACAUCAACGACACUAAACAACGGCACAGUCUCAAACAACACCAACAUGGAUCUUUGUCAGCAACAAAGCCAACACCACCAGCAGCAGCAACAGCAUCAACAGGUUAAGCAGGAAAGAUGA